AUGUGGUGCAACGGCGCCGUCUUCGGCAUUCAGAACUCGUGCGGGGUCCUCUUCGUCUCCAUGCUCCGGCUCUUCGGCAGCAGCGACGACAAGCAGCUGGUCUUCAAAACAGCAUGGGUGAGCUCUCUUUCUAUGGGAAUGGUCUUCUUCUGUUCCCCAAUAGUCAGCGUAUUCACAGACCUGUUUGGCUGUCGAAAAGUAGCUGUUAUUGGAGCUGCAGUAGGACUUGUUGGACUCCUUUCAAGUUCUUUUGUAAGCACCAUUGAACCCCUGUACUUCACCUACGGGAUCUUGUUUGCCUGCGGCUGCUCGUUUGCCUACCAGCCAUCCCUGGUCAUUCUGGGGCACUACUUCAAGAAGCGCCUUGGGCUGGUGAAUGGCAUUGUCACCGCAGGCAGCAGCUUGUUCACAGUGUCCCUGCCCUUCCUCCUGAGGGUCCUCAUCGACUCCGUGGACCUCUACAACACCCUGCGCGUCCUCUGCAUCCUUAUGUUCGUUCUGUUCCUGGCCGGGUUUACGUACAAACCUCUCGUUCCCAACACCAAAGACAAGGAGGGAGGAAAGAAGGGAAAAUUCAAAUUUCCUCCUGCCAAAAAGAUUUGCAAUUUCUCCGUUUUCAAAGUUCUCAGUUACCGAAUCUGGGCUUUUGGGAUCCCAGCUGCACUUUUUGGAUACUUUGUGCCUUAUGUUCACUUGAUGAAUCAUGUAAAAGACAAAUUUGGUGACAGGGUGCCAGAAGAAGUGCUUCUGCUAUGUCUGGGCAUUACUUCAGGAGUUGGCAGAUUGGUCUUUGGCAGAGUUGCAGAUUACAUUCCUGGUGCAAAAAAAAUAUAUUUACAGGUGGCCUCAUUCUUUUUUAUCGGGCUGAUGUCCAUGAUGAUUCCCCUGUGCAAAGUCUUUGGAGCUCUCGUUGCUGUGUGUCUCUUCAUGGGCCUGUUUGAUGGGUGCUUCAUUUGCAUCAUGGCUCCUAUUGCCUUCGAGCUGGUUGGCGCUCAGCAUGUCUCCCAGGCCAUCGGAUUUCUGCUUGGGCUCAUGUCCGUGCCUAUGACAGUUGGUCCACCCAUUGCAGGUUUGCUGCGGGAUAAGCUCGGCACCUACGACGUGGCAUUUUACCUGGCUGGAGUCCCUCCCCUCAUUGGAGGAGCUAUUUUGUGCUUUAUCCCCUGGGUCCACGAACGGCAGAAGUUGAAAGAGAGAGCAAAACCUGUUGAUGGAGAAACUACUGAGAAAAUGCUGGAAAACGAAAGCACUUUGGUGUCGGACACGACAGAAAAGCCAGCCAAAGAACUGGAUUCUGGCUUUUGAUGCAUUUUUCUUUUCCCUGUACCAUCCUGACCUCCUUCUACUGAAGCUAGAUUUCUACUUUUUGGCUGAAGAUAUCACACGAUACUGAAGUCUUGAACUAUUGCUCAAAUUGCAAAACUGCUACAAGAAUCUUUUAUACCAUUGAACUUUUUUGACAAGUCUUUGAUUUCAAGCCACAUUUUCAAGGUAUUUGAAGUUUUGUAGCUUUAGUGUGUACGUGAAUAGUGAUUCUGUGUGUGAAGAUAUUUUUCUAAUCCAUCAGGACUGAUUUCUGGAAUGUGAAAGCUGUUUUUUCCUUCAUUGACCUGGGAUUUUUCAAUGAUGUCUAUGAUCCAUCCUCUGCAGUCACGCCCCUGAGUGUUUAUACUGGAUAAUGUAGUAGCUCUUAUGACUGAUCUGUUUUUUUGAAGUUUAUCAUGCUGUUUACAGUCUUUUAUAAUUCUUUAUCAUGAACACAAAUACGCAUCCUUUUGCUGAAAUGAUUGUUUCAUUAGAAAGCUAAAUUGUUAUAUAACUGUUGAAACACUCACUUGUGUUUGCAUUCACCUUUCACAGUAGCCCAAAGAACAUUAAGGAUGGCAUUUUUGAUGGGCUCAGGUUUUGAAUACGUGCAAACCAAGCUCCAAGUGCAAACACAUUUAGAAGUUAAGCUGCUGAAUAAUAGAUUUUUUA